CACAGAAAAGUGUCGGUCCUUUCGAAGUGUUUUUAUUUUUCCACGUUUUACCAACUGCAUGCAAUACUUCAUAUUUAACCCACAGAAAAACGACAACUGUGGACAUUAAAGGAGCGAAAAUAGGAAGAAGCGUCAAACGCAGGAACCAGUGCGGCUCUCCCACAGCUGCACCACAGCUGUUCCCACAGUGACGCGGAAGUUACCUGUUUGCGGCUCAGCAGACAUUUGUACCUGAAAACUGUCAGUGGAAUAGAGAUGCCUCAAAGAAAGAGCCAUCAACUGGGUGACCUCCAAGGGCUGCUGCCCCCGAUAUCUGCACCAACCACAUCAGACACGGCACCAACACAAGUUAGGACAGGUCUCGAUGUCCAGCAGAUGUUGUUACUUAAAGAAGAGAGCUCAAGUCAUGAUCAGCAGGAUUUGGUCCUCCUCCACAUAAAGGAGGAAGAAGAGGAACUCUUGACCAGCCAGGAGGGAGAGCAGCUUCGUGGUCUACAGAAAGCUGAUAUCACCAGUUUCCCCAUCACUGCUGUUUGUGUAAAGAAUGAAGAUGAUGAAGAGAAACCUCACCUCCUACACUUUCAUCAAACACCAGCUGAAGACAACAGAGAAGCCGAGCCUUCAACCAGCAGCUCAGUCAAACAGAUUAAAGCAGAAGGUGAUGGAAAGGACUACAAAGAGCCAGAACCAGCCACAAACCUGAAUCCAAAUAAUAAUUUACAACCCAAUAUUAAUGUAAAACGUUCAGACUUGUAUGAAGCUGAUGAUUGGCAGGAACCCCUGACAGAACCUGAACCUGAAAGUGAAGAUAGUGAAGAGUCAGGUACAAAUAGUGAUGCCAAAAAGCCCUUUAUCUGUUUUGAGUGUGGUAAGCAGUUUCUCCAUGACUGGUCACUUCAGAGACACAUCAGACUGAAGUCAGGGAAAAGAGCUUCAAACUGCGAUGUCGGUGACAAAAGCUCUGGAGUGAACCAAAAUGCAGAUUCACAGGGGACAGUUCAAACAGAAGAGAAACCAUUUGGCUGUGAUGUUUGUGGACAAAGGUUUCAGCUGAAUGUGAAUCUUAAGGUGCACAUGAAAGUCCACACUGGAGACAAACCAUUUAGUUGCAAUAUCUGUGAAAGAAAGUUUAGACAUCAGUGUAACCUUAAGACACAUGUGAGAAUUCACACCGGAGAGAAACCAUUUGGCUGUCGCCUUUGUGAUAAAAAGUUUACACAGAGUGUACAUUUAAAGACGCACAUGAGAAGCCACACGGGAGAGAAGCUAUUUUUUUGUGACGUCUGUAGUAAAAGCUUUUCACGACUGAGGAUUCUGAAAUCGCACAAGAGAGUCCACACAGGAGAGAAACCAUUCGACUGUGAUGUUUGUCAUAAAAGAUUUUCACAUCUAGGUGAUCUGAAGAGACACAAACGCGUCCACACGGGAGAGAAACCUUUCAGCUGUAGUGUUUGUGGUAAAAGAUUUGCACAGAGGAUGCAUUUCAAGACACACAUGAGAAUCCACACAGGAGAGAGACCUUUCGGUUGUGAUGUUUGUGGCAAGAGCUUUAACUGUAAGAGAAAUCUGAAGACACACAUCAGAGUCCACACGGGAGAAAAGCCAUUUGGUUGUAAUGUUUGUAAUAAAAGAUUUUCACAGCCAGGAAUUUUAAAGAGACACAUGAACAUCCACACAGAAGUUAGGAAAUUUGUACCCGGUAAAUCAAGAGGAGUCUAUUUGAGGUUGCUCAAAUCUAAACCAGCCACAUCAGAAACGGAGCAGCUAGCCAUCAGAAACAGACAAGCUAUCCAGGUUGAUGAAGGUGUUUCCUCAAACCCCAGUCUGGAGCAGAAGGACCCAAACCUCCUUCACAUGAAGGAGAAACAGGCAAAACUCAUCAGCAGUCAAGAAGGAGAGCAGCUUAAUGGUUUGAAGGAGGCCAGCCUCUCACAGCUUCAUCAAAGACUGACCAAGGACCACUGUGAGGCAGAUGUUCCAUUCUUUAGCUGCUCUGAGUGUGAUAAACAAUACCUCUACAAGCGAUCUCUUCAGAGGCACAAGAAAAGUCAUUCAGCAGAAAACUCUGCCAGCUGUUUGGUUAAUAAGAAAGCUUCCAGACUGGAGGAAAAUGUAGUUGACACAAGCAAGAAAAUAUUUGGAUGUGAUAUUUGCGAACAGCGAUUUCAUCAAAAAUCCCAUCUUAAGACUCACAUGAGAAUUCACACAGGAGAGAAACCCUUUAGUUGUAAUAUUUGUGGAAACAUAUUUAGACAUCAGUACAGUCUCGACAGACACAUAAGAGUCCACACAGGAGAGAAACCCUUUGCUUGUGAUGUUUGCAGUAAAGGUUUUUCACAUCUGUGGGAUCUGAAAAGACACAAAAGUGUUCACACAAAGAGCCUUCCACCCGAGGAACCCAAAGAUCUUGAUAAGGUGGCCCCUAUUUCACCAUCAGCUAUAUCAGAAUUAGUGCAGACACAAGUCAAGAAGGAUGUAGAUGUCCAGCAGAUGUUGCCAGUUAAAGAAGGGCUUCCUUGGACUCCAAGUUUCGACCAGCAGGACCCAGACCCACUCCACAUAAAAGAGGAAGAGGUGGGACAGAAGCGUAACAGUCUGGAUGAGGCUGAUAUCAUCAAGUUUCCAUUCACUGGUGAAGAUGAUGACAAAGGAUUUUCACAGCUCAGGAUUCUGAAGUCACAUAUGAGCAUCCACACAGGAGAAAAGCCAUUUUACUGUGAAGUUUGUCCUAAAAGAUUUUCAAAAACAGGGGAUCUAAGGAGACACAUGAUUGUUCACACUGUGGAGAAACAAUUAAAAUCUGCUGAUUGUGACAAACAAUUCACACAGAGGAUACAUUUCAAGAUGCACAUGAGCGUCCACACAGGAGAGAGACCAUUUUGUUGUGAUACUUGUGGUAAAAGGUUUAAUUGUAACAGAAAUCUUAAACUACACAAGACCUUCCACACGGGAGAAAAACCAUUUGUUUGUGAAAUUUGUGGUAAAAGACUUAAGUGUGACAGAAGCCUUAAGAUACACAUGAGCGUUCACACAGGAGAGAAACCAUUUGGUUGUGCUCUUUGUAGUAAAAGUUUUUCUCAGUCAGGUAUUUUGAAGAGGCACAUCAGAAUCCACACAGGAGUGACACCGUUCAGUUGUUACAUCUGUGGUAAAAGAUUUAACUGUAAGGGGAUUCUUAAGUUGCACAAGCGUGUUCAUUCAUAA